CGGCGACAAUGCGCAUGCGCCGCUGCCUACGGAAGCCGGCAGGGAGGGGGCGGGGCCGACGCUGGCGGGCGCGGGGGAAAUGGCGGCGACGGCGGCAGCGGCGAACGGGACCGGAGGGAGCAGCGGGAUGGAGGUGGAUGCUGCAGUCGUCCCCAGCGUGAUGGCCUCCGGAGUGACUGGCAGCGUUUCAGUCGCUCUUCAUCCCCUCGUCAUUCUCAACAUCUCAGACCAUUGGAUUCGCAUGCGCUCGCAGGAGGGGCGGCCUAUGCAGGUGAUUGGGGCUCUGAUUGGGAAGCAGGAGGGCCGAAAUAUUGAGGUGAUGAACUCCUUUGAACUGCUGUCCCACACCGUGGAAGAGAAGAUUAUCAUUGACAAGGAAUAUUAUUACACCAAGGAGGAGCAGUUUAAACAGGUAUUCAAGGAGCUGGAGUUUCUGGGUUGGUAUACCACAGGGGGGCCGCCUGACCCUUCCGACAUCCACGUCCAUAAGCAGGUGUGCGAGAUAAUUGAGAGCCCUCUGUUUCUUAAGUUGAACCCUAUGACCAAGCACACAGAUCUUCCUGUCAGCGUUUUUGAGUCAGUCAUAGAUAUAAUCAAUGGAGAGGCCACCAUGCUCUUUGCUGAGCUGACCUACACUCUGGCCACAGAGGAAGCGGAACGCAUUGGUGUGGACCACGUGGCCCGAAUGACCGCAACAGGCAGUGGAGAGAACUCCACUGUGGCCGAGCACCUGAUCGCCCAGCACAGCGCCAUCAAGAUGCUGCACAGCCGCGUCAAGCUCAUCUUGGAGUACGUCAAGGCCUCCGAGGCAGGAGAGGUCCCCUUUAACCAUGAGAUCCUACGGGAAGCCUAUGCUCUGUGUCACUGCCUCCCGGUGCUCAGCACAGACAAGUUCAAGACAGACUUUUACGAUCAAUGCAAUGACGUGGGGCUCAUGGCCUACCUUGGCACCAUCACCAAGACCUGCAACACCAUGAACCAGUUCGUGAACAAGUUCAAUGUUCUCUAUGACCGGCAAGGCAUCGGCAGGCGGAUGCGGGGGCUCUUUUUCUGACAAGAGGGUACUUGAAGGGCUGACGUACAGGGGUCAGACAGCUGUCAAGGGAAGGGGUGCUACACUCCCUUGAGAGGAACCUGUCACUAAUAAAAGGGGAGCAGCCCCUCAGCACC